AUGGAUUUUUCAAGUUUAUUGGGCAAGGAGAUUCAGAAGAAGAGGGCUAAUGGAGGUUCUGAUAGAAAGGGAGGAAAGAAGAAAAAGAAAUCAAAGGAUAAAGAAAUCAUACCUGAAAGCAUAGUGAGAGAUGAUGAUGAGAAUACUUCAAUUAUAGCAAAACCUAGUAGUAAGGAAGAGCCUAGUCGUCAUAAUUCACAAGAUACAACCGUUGAGUAUACCCCAGAAGAAGAAACUCUCGCGAAAACCCUCUCCAUAGAAGAUAUAAAUUCUAAAUUGAAGAAGUUUGGAGAAUUAGAUAAUGAACCAAAUAUUUCUAAUGUUAUGAAAAUACGUAAAUUAGGCAUUCUUCUUAGAAAAGAAAGGAAAGAUGCUGAAUAUAAAGCACAAUUGGAGAAGGAAGAUGCAGUUGCUAUGGAUAUUAAUGUAGAAGACAUGGGACAAGAACAAUUUAAGGAUAAGAUAUAUACACAACUUCGUAGGUAUAUUAAGUAUCUUAUAAAAUGUUGGGAAUGUCAAGCAGAUACUGAAGAACAAAAGAAAUUACUUUUAGAAACUAAACGAGAUUUGGUGAAGUUAUUAUAUAGACUUCGUAAGCAAUCUUUGACUGCAAACAUGUUCACAUCAUUAACUACAGUGAUUCAUUAUUUACAAAUAGGUGAUUUCCGUAAGGCAAAUGAAACAUAUUUGAAAUUAAGUAUAGGAAAUGCAGCUUGGCCCAUUGGUGUGAGAAGUGUGGGGAUUCAUGAAAGAGCAGCUGACCUGAAAAUCACUGGUGAUAAUAAAAAAGAGGCUGCAAAUAUUAUGAUUGAUGAUAAAACUAGACGUUGGAUUACUGCCAUAAAAAGAUUAAUUAGUUUCUGUGAAAGAGCUAAUAGUAAAAGUAGCUAG